GACGGCCUCAUUUGAGCGACGCACCGCCGGAGACGAGCGUGCGGAUGAUUUAAAUGAAGUCUUCUGUCAUCGAUGUCUUUAAAGGCGUUUUUUUGAUCGUAUGUGAAUGCAUUUAGGAUGGAGAGCGAUAUACUGGACAUCUUGGAUCAGCUCGGGUACUCCGGGCCGCUGGAUGAGGAGGCGGGGCUUCUGGCGGCGUGUGGGCGGGGCUUCGGCUCAUCUGAAUAUGUCAGUCUGGUGACGUGGCUCUCAUCCAGACUCACACACUCACAGGAGACGCUCGUCACAGAAGAUCCAGACAGAUGCAGGCUGGACGCCGGCAGGCUGCUGAAGGACUUGUGCUGUCCGUAUGAAGGCCUGGCCUCACGAUUAUCAGACGGAGACGUGCAGGACAGCGAGGAGCACCUGAAGAUCCUCUUGUUCUUGGCGUCGGAGCUUCAAGCGGAGCAGAUGGUGGUCAGUAAACCAGCGGUGGACACUGAGGAGCUGGACGCGUCUCUCCGGGAUCUCAGGGUCAUCUGUGAAGCGCUGAAGCUGCCGGAUCCAGACGGACGAGACGCCAGAGACCUCUUCACUGCUGUGGAGCAGGAGGUGAAGGUUUUACUCAAGCAGCUUCCAGAAGCACAUGUCGGAGAUCCUGCGUUCACGAGCUCCCUGCGUCCAGACCAGUGGGACGAGCUGGAGAGGAUCGGAGGUGUUCUGUCGGCGGAGUACGAGUGCCGGCGCUGCAUGCUGGUCAAGCGUCUGGACGUGACCAUACAGUCCUUCAGCUGGUCCGACAGAGCCAAGGUGAAGAUUGACCGCAUGGCCAGAGCGUAUCAGCAGAGGCGGUAUUCUCUGUCGCUGCGGUCAGAGGUGAGUACGGCUCAUCUUCUAGCUGCGAGACAGGACCUCUGUUACAUGAUGAAGACCAGCAGCGGCUCGUAUCGGGAGAAGACCAGCUGUGCCAUAAACAGAAUCCUGAUGGGCCGGGUUCCUGACCGUGGCGGGCGUCCGUCUGAGAUUGAAGCUCCUCUGCCGGAGAUGCCUGCGUGGAAGAAGAGAUCUGAUGGAGGAGGACACGGCGGGAAUCGAGGAGCGGGCGGAUGGAGAGGAGGAUGGAGAGCAGGCCGGUGGAGCAGAGGACAGUACUAUCACUGAGCAGAGACUCUUUCCUCUCAGGGAGAUCAAUUUUUAAUGAGCUUUGAGUUUUGUUUUUGAUUUCAUAUUUUUAACUUCUGCGUGUCCAGAGAGAUCAUGCAUUGAUUCAGAGGCCUGCUGAAAGCAAUGAAGAAUAAAGCUGUUAAAAAAGUUA